ACGGGUAAUAACUUCCCAAGUGACAUGAUGGACGGUCCUGAUCAAUCUUGAGUCCUUGUUUGUUUCUCCCCGGCAGAAGAAGAAGAAGAAGAAACAGGAUACACGCAGAAGUUGAAAAGAAACAAGAAGAGGAAACAGCGCAGGGAUUAGGUAUAACCAGUAGAGGAAGCUCAAGUAGAAAAAUCAGUCUCUGGGUUUCAUAGCAUAGCAUAGCAUAGCAUAGCAGGAGCAAAAGCCUGCUGCUUGGUGGAGUUCAUAUUAUAUAUAGCCUUGCACCAUUGAUGCUGGAACAUCAGUGGAGUCGGUGGAAAGCGUUGGUGUGAUUAGGCCUGGUUUAUGAACCAAUCAGGGUUUCAAUGCCUGUUUUUUUUUGGUGUUGCCCUUGAAUUUCUUCGGAGAAGACUCUUUUUGCUGUUGCAGUCUGAGAUUUUGGGCGUUUUUAGCGGCGGUGAGCAUAAAUUUGGUGCAGAAGGGUAUCUGUCUUUGUUUGGUUUUGCCCCCAUUGUUAUUUGCAGCGCUGGGGCGCGUGAAUGGAAGAAAAUACCAGGCAGCUGUGUCUGAUCGAAAGGCUGUUUUUGUAGGGGAGCUGUGAGUAGAAAAUAGGCGAUUUGGAAAGAUGUUGCAAGGUAGGGCAGCUUAUUUGUCCCCGCCUGUGUACGGGCACAGUCAUUUUAAGAAGUUCUGGCUCAAGAAAAUGGAAACGGAGGACGAUUCUGAAGCUUCAGCAACGCCGCCUGCGGAAGGCGUUGUUUUGACGAAGAAGCCUCCGCUGUAUGCCGUGAAUUGCACGGCUUUAGAGAUGAAAGGCACUUCUCCUCCGCCCGCCGCCAUUAAAGCACCUGUCCCUGCACCUGCGGAGGAGAAGAUCAAAUAUAUGGCGCAGGAGAGCGAGCUUGACUAUACUCUCGCUUUAGGAGUCGGUCUUCCUUUGCAAGAAGAGGAAGAUUCACAUAGUUAUGAUGGAUUUUCCAGCGGAGAAGAAAAAAUUGACAAAUUCGCAGGCAUGGCGGAAGAGGAAGCCCAGCCGCCAAAUCUCGUGUAUGGAAAUGGUGAAAGUAACGGCCAAGGUUCCCUUGCUGUUGCCAAAAUGUGCGCAGACUGCAAGACUGUCAAGACUCCUCUCUGGAGAAACGGCCCGCAGGGUCCAAAGACGCUUUGUAAUGCAUGCGGUAUCAGGUAUAAGAAGAUGGGAAAGCGUCCGUCAAGUAACGGCGACCGCCCAUCGUCGCCUUCUACGCCGCCCAUUUCACCGUCCUGCAAGAACAAGAUCAAUGGCAAGCGCAAGAGAGAUAGGGAAAUUUAUUCUGGUGAGCAGCAGGAGCAACAGCAUCAUAAUCAUCACCAUCAUCAGCGCAAGAAGAUGAAGAGUCUCGCAGGCGGACGGUCUUCCAUGGUGCCGAGCUGCAGUUUACAGUCGGAGGCCGAUUCUUCACCAGGUGGGGAGGAGAAUCGGGCGGUGGAGGCGCUGAGGAGAUGGCGGCGGGUGGAGAGAAUUAGGAAGGGUUUGCUGCGCUAUGGGGUAAUGAGGAACUCCAUGGCUAAGGAUGAGGAAGAAGGCGCCAUGCUUCUCAUGGCUCUUUCAUGGGGUGUCGCCUCCUGCUAGUUAAUGUUUUUCUUUUAACCUUUAUACUGACUGACUGUUUUUACGACACACAGCAAACACUUUUACUUACACUGACGACAUAGCUUGAAGCAAAACACAAAUGUUGUAACCAUACACACAGACAGACGUCAAUGUUUUUAUUUUAACCCAGUGCUUUGUGAAUUUCAUGUAAAAAGCGUGGUUCCUUGAAUCUUUUGUUAUCAUCCAUGGAAAAUGGUUUCCUUCUUUUACUGUGAUGUGAUCGAUUUGUAUGUUUUUCGUCCAUUUGUGUUAAAUGGGUAUAUUAAUAUAACAAAUUUCCGACCGAGACAUUUUAUGUUUUC